CCCGCUCUGGGAUUGGCCGUCUUCCACCUGUAUGACUCUGCUGACUCCCCCAUGACCCUGCGCUCUGAUACGCUGCUCAGGAUCCCGGGACGGGGUCAGAGCAUACGGGGUUUGGACCCUCUGCCCGUGCGAUCGCAGACGGUGGACGCCCAGCCGUUCUACAUCCAGAGCCAGUCUCUCACCCUGGGCUUCUCUGGAACCACAGGCCUGCUGGAGAGUGUUCGACGUAAAGACGAUCCUCAGGAGGUUAGGGUACAGAUUCAGUUCCUCACAUACGGGACUCGACCCUCCAAGGACAAGAGCGGGGCCUAUCUCUUCCUGCCGGACGGAAAUGCCAAGCCGUAUUCGCAGAGAGAAGCCCCUGUAGUGCGUGUGGUGGAAGGGCCUCUCUUCGCCGAGGUUGUGGCACAUUAUCAACACUUCCAGCAGAUGGUCCGCAUUCAUAAUGUUCCAGGAGUCGAUGGUCUUUCUCUGGACAUCACCACCAUGGUGGACAUCAGAGAUCAGAAUAACAAGGAGCUGGCCAUGCGGCUGGUCACCGACAUUCAGAGCGGAGAUACUUUCUACACCGACCUCAACGGCUUCCAGAUCCAGCCUCGCCGGUACUUCCAGAAACUUCCACUGCAGGCUAAUUUCUACCCGAUGCCUGCCAUGGCAUAUAUUCAGGACAGCCAAUACAGGCUCACGCUCCACACGGCCCAGGCACUGGGCGUCAGCAGCCUGGCCAGCGGUCAGCUGGAGGUGAUCCUGGACCGCAGACUGAUGCAAGACGAUAACAGGGGUCUGGGGCAGGGUCUGAAGGACAACAAACGAACGGCCAAUCGCUUCCGUCUUCUGCUGGAGAGGAGGAGCGGCGCUGGAAAGCCGGUGGACAGCAGAACUGUCAGCUUCCCGUCGCUGCUCAGUCACAUGACCUCCACCAUCCUGAACCAUGAGGUGCUGGCACUGCCCGUGUUGUCCUGGAAACACGGCGUGCCGCCCAUUCGUACCUUCGCUCCAUUGGCUGGCACCCUGCCCUGCGACUUCCACCUGCUGAACCUCAGGAGCAUCCAAAGCCUGCAGGACGCUCACGCUCCGUCUCCUUACACGGCUCUGCUCCUCCAUCGACUGGGUCUGGAUUGUGGUCUGGAGGCCCAGAACCCUGGUUUCAACUGUACCACCACACAAGGCCAGCUCUCCAUUUCGGGGCUGUUUCGUGGGCUAGAUCUUCAUCUCCUGCAGCCCAUGUCUCUGUCUCUGAUGCACUCUCAGCCUCCGCUCUCCAACGACUCCUCCAUCAAUCUGGAGCCAAUGGAGAUCUCCGCCUACAAGCUCAAGCUGUGCUAGAACACGGUUGCACCAGAACCGGGCUCUCCGUGUGGACCCUUGGAACCUGCGCUAAAGCAGACAACCACAGCUGGAUGAGCAGAGAACUCUUUUGGAGAUUGUUUAUCCAGACUUAAUGCAUCUGAAUCAACGCAAAGGCGCUGACUAAACCCUCGCAAAAUGGAAAAUAAACACUCGAGGAUGAGAACGUUCCAGCCAAAGUCAGAUUUGGUAGCCGGCCCGGGUGCUGAGAUAAGAAUGUCCGUGUGUGUUUUUACAUCUCUUGUCUUUUCAGAAAGAUUUUAUCAGACGAGCACUAAUCGGUGAACAUCUUUUUAUUCCAGCAGUGCUGAGCGUUGUUGUUUUUUUAGCUCUGUUUUUCUUCCCUUUUUGUCUUUGCCUGGAACUGCUGACAGUUUCUCAUUUAUUGCUUCUUUCAUCGCUGGAGUUCGUACUGUAUGUAAAUAACCCAAAACUACAUACACAACUGGCUCUAUACAAAAUUGUGGGACUCGGUGCAAUAUGUGAAGCUUGGUUUCUCCAUUUAAUUUGUUUUCUAUUCCUAAGGCCUUGGCAGCUACGCUUGAAUCUGCGUCAUUGUCGUUCUUUUAUUUCUUUAUCUCUGCUGUGGACGGUUCUGCCUACGCUCGGCGGCCGCAUGUUUUUUCUUUCUAUGAAUGUCAGUCACCCAGCUUGGCCUGCGAAGGCUGUCAGUGCUGUAACAGAUGCGGCAUUUACAGAUCUUUCUUUCAGAAUGGCUCCCGACCGUUCGCUGACAGAAGAAGACGUCUGUGAUCCAACAUCGGUCGGGGUCUUCGGAUAGCGCUUUCAUUGGUUGGCCUCAAAUCGCGCGUCGUGAGCUGACGUUUACAAUCUUUAUCCACCGUAUCUUCUGUUAAUAAAUAAAGCUGCUUCUUAAUAAGCUAGCUAUGGAUUAUCCACAACACAUUUUUGUUAUUUGUACCGUUUUGCUCGCGUCUGGCAUAGUAACAAGCCGCAGAAUGUGCAUUUAUACUUUGUCAUUUUAUAUGCAGGUUUGAGCCGUAUUUAAAUGCAGUUCGGGAACAGAUAUGCAGAGAUCGUCUUAUUUCAAGACUUAGAUCAGUUUAGUCGUCGACCUGUUUGCUUUGAUAUACCUUCUCACAGUAUUUUCAGGUAAACAGAAGUCAUAUCCGAUUGUAGGGCGGGUAGGGACGGGUUCCUGUGCUCAGAUUUAGCCCAUUUCCCACACAAACUGCAUUUAGGGCUUAUCUCGCUGUAGGAAACCCAUCUGUAAUGUGUAGCAGAGCCAUCUCAGUCCUCCCUUUUGGCUUUUGUGACCUCGGUUUGUUUGAAUCUGACAAUUCUGAACAUGGGAAUGCUGUCUGUGUCUCGCCUCUCCCAGCCGGUCCGUCUGUCUCCCCUGGGAAAAUCUGAAAUUACAGAACAAUGUUCUCACUUAUACCGACUUCUCUCUGUAGUGCGCCCACGUCCAUUUACAUCAGUCAGGCCAUCAGCCGGCUUCUCAAGCUAAUCAAGUUCCGGAGUAGCGUCCUAUCAGGAAGAUAAUUCCCUGCAGGGGGAACUAUGAGCAUGGAGUGCCAAACGUCUCUCUGAUUGCUUUGGAACACAUUCUGGCUCCCAAAGUAGCUCGCAUUUGCUCCUGUAAUCCGGUCUGAUUCAUUUCCAUACUUGUUUUUACUGUGCAUAUGUGUUUCAUACUGGCAGAUCUCUUUGUUAGAUGUCCUUUAUUUGUAGUGUGUUCUGAGAUGGAUUUUUUUUUUAAAGAAAUGGCAGUGAAAUGAGAAGUUAAUUUAUUCUUUUGUUGUCGUUUCUUUUAUUUUUUUUCUUGGUUUGACAUUGAGAGUGUGUUCAUAAAAAAUGACUGGUAAAAGCAAAUGCAAAGACAUUAAAGCGGAUGUUUAAUAAAGAUCCCACAUGAUGAG